AUGGCGCCCGCGCCCUCGCAGCGACAGCUCGCCGCUAUCUCAGUCACGGAGCGCGUCUGCUCUUCCAUCUCGCUGAUUGGUACCUUUAUUAUCAUAACUAGUUUCAUCGGCUCGCGCUCAUUUCGGAAACUAAUCAACCGCCUCGUGUUCUAUGCAUCUUGGGGCAAUAUGAUGGCUAAUAUAGCCACGAUGAUUUCUCAAUCGGGGAUCCACGCCGGGGCUAGGAGCCCUUUGUGCCAGGUUCAAGCUUUUUUGAUUCAGUGGUUCAUGCCCGCUGACGCUUUGUGGGCCUUUGCCAUGGCGUGCAACGUCUACUUGACAUUCUUCCACAAGUAUAACUCAGAGCAACUGCGCCAUAUCGAGUGGAAGUAUGUGGUGUGUUGCUACGGCUUUCCCUUCAUCCCAUCCUUCAUAUAUUUCUUUAUCCACGCCCAGGCCCGAGGCUGGGUCUACGGCGCCGCAAUUCUCUGGUGCUGGGUCGCAUUGGCUUGGGACUACCUCCGCAUCGCUGUCUUCUACGGCCCUGUGUGGUUCGUCAUCUUCCUCACCUUUGCCAUCUACCUGCGCGCCGGGUCCGUCAUCUACCAGAAGCACUGCGAGCUGCGUAACCUCAGCAGUAUCGAGUCCCUCGGCUCUGACACCCAGCCCGAUGGCCCGCUCGUCACACACGCCGGGAUCCAGAUUACCAGCGAAAUCGCCUGCUUCGCGCCAAUGCACCGGUCCCUGUCGGCCAGUGAUGUCCCCACCUGCAGCUUUACGGCCUCCUCGUUUACUCCGUGCUCCAUCCCGUCCGAGGGUGGCCCGAUCGAUUCCUUCAGCAUGCUGCAGAACUUAGAGGAAGGCUCCUCACCUAUUCAGGGCCCUAGUCGCCCCUGGCCGGACCCAAGUCCGCUCCGCGCAGAGGUGUCUGCCAAAGCGGCGCGGCACGAAUGCGGGGGCUCAUAUACGCAGCGGCGGAAGGCCACAGAGGCGAGCUGUGCGGCGUGGGCGUAUACUAAAUAUGCGAUGCUGUUCUUCAUCGCACUGCUUGUGACGUGGGUUCCCUCCACGGUCAACCGAGUAUACGCGUUCGCCCGCCCCGACGACUUCUCGUUCGGGCUCUUCUAUGCGUCGAGUUUUGUGCUUCCUUUGCAGGGGUUCUGGAAUAGUCUUAUUUACGUCUCGGUUUCGUGGCCGGCGUUUAGAACGCUGUGGAGGGAUCUGCGGAGCCGCUCAACGGGGUUGCGAAAUAUUUGA